CCAAGACCCAGGUGACCCCCAUCACGUCGAUCUCUGCGAAGCUGUGGUUAAGCUAGGGACUGCGACCUUCGAAACCGCGCAGCAGCGCCAACAUGCCCCAAGCAGCGCGUCGCUAUCAUGAGCCGGGCGUUGGCUCGCGCACCGGCUUGCGCAUCAGCAACGCGCCCGAUGACAUUCAGGACUUCCUCGCUGCGUCCAAAGCGCAGAUGGACGCGCACAAUCGACGCGGCUACGACGAUGAUGACGAUGAUGACGAAGAGGACGAGGUCGAUGACGAGGAGGAGGAGGAUGAUGGGUAUCCGUCGCGACCACGCGCAUCCAUCGCGACGCGAGGACGGCGCAGCUCGGGAGCGGCAAGUAGAGGUGGCCAAGGAGGCACCAGAAGAAGCGCGGCACGCGUUAAUGAGGCUCCGGGGCGUGGAAACAAGAAUAGCAGCUCGAUGGAUCUUGCCAGCACCAGCGGACCCUCGCCACGUAGCACCCUCCGAAAGUCACUCAGCAGCAAGCGAAGUCGUGACUCAUACUCUGCCACAUCCGACGCCGAUGAUUCCGGGACAGUUGAGCGCAGCUUUAAGCUUGCCGGCAAUAUGAGCUACGGCAGCGCGGACGUUGAAGAGCUGCUCGAAGCAGAUCAGCUUGCAAUGCAACAAGCAGAGGAUGACGACGAAGAAGACGAUGGGGCACAUCGAAAAGGACGCCCAUCGGCGCCAGGCUCCACCCGCAAGCGCGCUCGCGCGCCUGCUGCAGGCUUUGCAGCACGAAAGGCGGCCAAGUCAUCGCCUGCAGCGGGAGGCGUAGCAUCGCUCUUUGCGCCGCUUGCGCGAUCACCUGCGAAGGCCGGCGCUGCCAAGAAAGGUGGGGGACAGGGUGUCAAGGCGGCUAAUGGGACGAUCUCGCGAGGAAAGGGUGCGAACACACGCUAUGUGGAAUCUCAGGAUGAGGAGGACGUGGAGGACCCUGGCUAUAGCAGACGAGGCCGCGGGAGAAAGGACGCGUCAUUUGAAGCAGUCGCAUAUGGCGAUCAAGAUCAUGAGUACGAUGGCUAUGCCGGGGACGACGUUGCCGCCGACGAAUAUCCUGAAAAUUAUGAGGAAGACCGAGAUGAUCGCUUACUGGCCGAAGAGGUGGAGGAGUUGACAGAUCCGGAGAUUCUAGAGCGUACGACCGCGGGCAAGAGAGAAAAGCAAGGAGCCAGAAAGGCGGCUGCUGCGCGCUCCAAAGUGUCCGCAGGUCAGAAAGGCAAGCCUAUGAGCGCCAAAGGCAAAGAGCGGCAACCAGCUACAAAGGAGAAAAGUAUCAAAGGACGACGGGCAGCAGCUUCAUCUGAAGAUGAAGUGGACGGCAGCGAGGUGGAAGACGACGUGCCAGAAUUGCAUGUCGUCAAACGAAGCGUCAAGACACCCUCAGCGCGACGAACCCGCGGCCCAUCUGAGGAAGCCUACGCGCAGCGCCAAGUUGUGGAGCGCGUCACUUCGCAAGCGCAGCGCAUACCUGCCGACGAAGACGCUGAAGGGAUCCGGCGCAGCAAACGACAUAGGUAUCAGCCACUUGAGUGGUGGCGCGGCGAACGGGCUGUUUAUGGGCGGCCGAGCCUGCCGAAGUCAGGUGGUGGGGCGUCCGCAAGGCAGUCACAAGCGAGCAGUCCGCGCCGCCGAGUGGUACCGGUGCCUGUGCUGAAGGAGAUUGUGCGUGUACCAAAGCGUCAAGGUGAGGGUACGUUCUCGGGGAUGAGCGUCUUGCCAAAGAACAGGGGCCGUGUCAAGCGCUCGACCAGCGCGCGCGGCGAGUCGAGCGAGCCGCAGGCGGGUACCAGCGGAGCGAAGAAACGCAAGUUGGCUGGCGAGGCGGACCUGUCCGCCGAUGCGUUCAUCGAACUGGACCCUACUGCCGACUCGGUGAAUGUGGAGGACGGAUGGGACAAGGAUACGGAGCCAUACGGCCUUGUCUGGGAUGCAGACACCGUUAAAGAGGUGCAACGACACAUCGCAUGCACCUCGAGCCAGAUCCGUGUCCGCAAAGCGCAUAAUGCGACCUUUGCGUUCGAGAAAGUCUUUGGAGUCGAUGAGUUCAUGGCCGCGGGCGUUCUGCAUAUCGAAGUGGAUGGCCAGAAGCCGGUCAAGCCGAGCAAAGACAACAACUACGUGUUCGUCGUCCUGCAGGGUGCAGCACGCGUAACGGUCAACCGCUCCACAUUUCUCGUUGCUCCAGGUGGAAUGUUCUUCGUCCCCAAAGGCAACAACUACGGCAUUGAAAAUGUGUCGAAGCGCGAACUGCGGCUCUUCUUCUCGCAGGCGCGCAACGUCCAUCCGGCCAACCUCGCUUUGCGCGCCUCGGUGCAACCUGUAGCGCUCACGCUGCCCUUCCGCGGGAUGCCAAAUGGCGCCACGGAGUACAGUGGCACGUCCAUGAUAGGCGGCGCAGCAUUUGGCGGGGUUGGAAGUGCGAUUGGUGGGCGCAUGGCCGGCGAGGCGAGCUUCAGCGAGGCACCUAUUUCGCGUCCGCCCCCCUCGAGGCUGCGCUACACCGAGACAGGCGGAGGCGACGCUGGCGGCGCCGCUGCGAGCAGUGGUCGCAUGCAGGACGCGUCUUUCCAGCAAGGCGACGAGCAGGAAGAAAGCGAACGCUCUGACCCUGAAGAACAAGGUGAAGAGGAGGACGCGGAACCGCCGGAAGAACCGGAGGAAGAUGAAUCAGCGCUGUACGUCAACCCGCCGCGUGGCGGCAAGGGUGCACGAGGGAAACAGGGUGGUAGCAGAACAACAGCAAUAACAGGGAGAGCGAAGGGCAAGCGAUAGCUUCCUUGCGAGAAAGAUCUUGUAUUGCAUACUUUGCAGUGGUCCAUGGGCUAUUGCAACUGACGUG